UCGCUCAUUUUCAUUCAUUGAGACUUUCCCCCUUCCAGGAAUACGACAAAGGCAGAGCUUGCUGAAGGUUUGCAUUGAAAUGAGGGCUGGUCCAAUGUAAAUAAGUGCGAAAAGGCAGACAGACACCGGCUGCAGCCCAUCCUCCCCAUCCAGCAGAGCACUGGAGUAGGACCAGCGCGCACAAAGAAGUGCAAAUUAUUCUCUACUUUUGCUCUUAAAAAGCACAACCAGCGUCCUCUGGAAGAGAUGACAAGUCAUUAAAUGGUGUGGUAUCAUAUCGACUGUGGUCAUCGGAUAUAUAAACGCGUUAAAGUAAGAUAUACAACUAGCCACUAGUGUUGAGAUGGAGUUGGAGCAUUUCGACGAACGGGACAAAGCACAAAGAUACAGCCGUGCGGGUUCACGGGCGAACGGCCUUCCCAGCCCCACGCACAGCGCCCACUGUAGUCUGUACCGAACCCGGACCCUGCAAGCUCUGAGCUCAGAGAAGAAAGCCAAGAAGGUCCGGUUCUACCGCAAUGGAGACCGCUACUUCAAAGGGAUUGUGUACGCUAUCUCCAACGACAGAUUCAGAUCUUUUGACGCUCUGCUAGCAGACCUUACCCGCUCUCUAUCAGAUAAUGUCAAUCUGCCCCAGGGGGUGCGGACCAUUUAUGCCAUUGAUGGAUCCAAGAUUACAAGCAUGGAGCAGCUGGUGGAAGGGGAGAGCUAUGUGUGUGGAUCCAUUGAGCCUUACAAGAAUUUGGAAUACACCAAGAACGUCAACCCCAACUGGUCAGUUAACGUCAGGACCAGUCCCUCAGCACAAGCGCCCACCUCUCUGGCCAGCGCCAAAACCGGCUCCUUAGAAACCAAGGAUAACAAAGAUUUCAUCCGGCCCAAGCUAGUGACCAUAAUCCGCAGCGGGGUGAAGCCUCGAAAAGCUGUCCGCAUCCUUCUCAACAAGAAAACGGCCCACUCCUUUGAACAGGUUCUCACGGACAUUACUGACGCUAUCAAACUUGACUCGGGGGUCGUCAAGAGGCUGUAUACAGUGGAUGGUAAACUGGUGACGUGCCUUCAGGACUUCUUUGGUGAGGAUGAUAUAUUUAUUGCCUGUGGCCCAGAGAAAUUCCGCUACCAGGAUGACUUCUUGUUAGAUGACAGUGAGUGCAGAGUGGUGAAAUCACAGUCCUACGGCCGCAUUUCUUCCAUGCAGGGCCGCUGCUCUCCUCGCAGUGGUGGAACUUCGAGAAGGAGCAAGUCUCCUGGUUCCAGCAGCUCAGCUAACGGAACAGCAGGCAGUCAGCUGUCCACUCCACGAUCAGGCAAAUCUCCCAGUCCAUCUCCAACCAGUCCAGCCAGUUUGAGGAGACGAAGGGGCUCCCAGCAUAGUGGAUCCUCCCUUUCUCUGGCCUCCACCAAGGUUUGCAGCUCCAUGGACGAGGGUGAUGGACCAGGCAGUGAAGCUGAGUUGAUGGAGGAUUGUCCUCAGGUUCCUGCCUCCAUUGCAGAGAGGUACAAGGUAGGGAGGAUGAUUGGGGAUGGGAACUUCGCCGUGGUCCGAGAAUGUAUGGAGAGAUCCACAGGCCGAGAAUAUGCUCUGAAGGUCAUCAACAAAAGCAAAUGCAGGGGGAAGGAACACAUGAUCCAGAAUGAGGUAUCUAUACUUCGGAGAGUGAAGCAUCCAAACAUUGUUCUACUGAUUGAGGAAAUGGACACUUAUAACGAGCUCUACCUUGUCAUGGAGCUAGUAAAGGGCGGUGACCUCUUUGAUGCCAUCACCUCCUCAAACAAGUACACGGAGCGGGACGCCAGCGGCAUGCUGCAUAACCUGGCCAGCGCUAUCAAAUAUCUGCACAGCCUUAACAUUGUUCACCGCGACAUCAAACCUGAGAAUCUCCUGAUUUAUGAGCACCAGGAUAGAAGCAAGUCUCUGAAGCUUGGGGAUUUUGGCUUGGCAACAGUUGUAGAUGGACCUCUCUACACUAUAUGUGGCACCCCAACUUAUGUAGCUCCAGAGAUCAUUGCAGAGAUGGGGUAUGGCUUGAAGGUUGAUAUCUGGGCGGCUGGGGUCAUAACGUACAUACUCCUUUGUGGGUUCCCUCCAUUCCGUGGAAGCACAGAUGAUCAAGAAGCUCUUUUUGAUCAGAUUCUGAUGGGACAGCUGGAUUACCCUCCUCCAUACUGGGACAAAGUAUCAGAAUCUGCAAAGGGGCUUAUAACCUGCAUGCUACAGGUUGAAGUCGACGAGAGGUACACAGCUCUACAGGUGCUAGACCAUCCCUGGGUCAAUGAUGACAGAAUGUUGGAGAAUGAGCACCAGUUGUCUGUGGCUGGCAAGAUUAGAAAACAUUUCAACACAGGUCCCAAACCCAACAGCAGCACAGCAGGGGUUUCUGUCAUAGCAACCACCCCUCUUGAUAAGGAGAGGCAGGUUUUCAGACGAAGAUGCAACCAGGAUGUGAGAUCCGCAGCUCCACGUACCACCCGGAGCACCUUUCCCUCCAGCCUUACCACCUGCGCCUCUGGCCCCACCCUCUCCUCGGUUGAUUUCACCUCGGAGUCUGAAGAAAUUUCUCCCAGCUCAGCCGACACGGUCCGCUCUCCCACCUCACCAUUUUAACACCUCACACAUGAUAAAGUGAAGGAAACCUAAGUGUGAAUGAAACUAGAUGACAAAAUAAUGGUUUGUUAAGUCUUUCAUUAAGUAUUGAAAUAGAAGAACAGCAGAAAGCACAACAGGAUUGAUUGUUGUGAGGCACAUGCAUAUGUUUUUUUCUAUAUCGAGUUUGGUUACAUUAAAUGAGUGUAUCGAGUUUGGUUACAUUAAAUGGAUGGCGGAUAGGUGGAACUGGAAUAGUGGUUUUCUCUGCUUAAAAUCUGUGAGGGUGAACCAGAGUUAAUAUGAAAUCUCACACUUUUCAGCAAUUUAUUGUAGUUUUUCAUUUCAUCUUCAGAAAAACAUAGUUUUCUCUUCAUCAAAAUUAAAGUUUGGUGCUAAAUGACUCUGAGAUAGUUAAACCAUUAUGUUUAGACCAUCUGCCUUUACAUGUAUGUCCUAGUAAUAAGCCCCCUCUAUUUUUAUGCCCUCUAGUGUUGAAUAAAGGGUAACGUAGCUAUUCAUCCCUCACUGUUCAAGUCAUGACAUAAAUUAGUCAGGAAGGCUUUAAAAAACAUGUCAGACAUCUAAACAUUACCUUUUAUCCCUGUAGUAAACCUGGGAUGUCUUAUCAGCAUCUUUUCUUUUUGUGACAAAAUCUUGUAUGUGGGUUUCUACCUUUUGUAUAAACUUUUAAAUAUUUUUUAAAAAUAUUUUAGGUUUGGACAUUUAUUUCAACCUAAUAACCUAUAUUUGCAUAUUUAAACAUUUCCUCUCAGAGCAUGUUUUGAUUUCUGUCUGUUAGGCCUUAUAAUGUUCUUUAUAAAAUGUGUGUAAUGCCUGUAUAGUGUUUAUGUUGCUAUAAGAAGUGCUAUAGGUGCUGAUAAAUCACAAAGAAAAUUACUAGAAACUCAGUCAUUUCUUCGUCAGUAAGUUAGGUUCUGUCAAUACCACAUGAGUCAUGAAUAUACAUUUAUUGUACAGCUGCUUCCCUGAAUCAUUAAUUCUCACAGUACUAAUUGUACAUGAGAGAAUGGAAUGAACGAAAAAUAGCUACUAGAUUAGCUUGUUAGUUAUUCAAAAGUGUAACAAACUGGAAAAUAAAGGCGCAUUAACAUGUCAGGAUAUUUUGGCAAAGCUUUUAGAUAAUUGUCUUUUUUAUUGUUGAAUGUAAGGAUCUCACUUGUUUAGUGAGCAUCUGCAGCCUUUUGGGUUCAGCAGUGACAUGAUUAGGGGAAACAAAUGUAUCUUUAUGUUUUGUAAUGCAGUGUCCAAACAAGAGAAUGAUAGGUAAUGUUUUAUAAGGUGAAGACAAAUAUAUAUAUAUAUAAUAAUAGAUAAAUAAAUAAAUAAAUAAUGCAUACAUAUUUCAAUAACUAUUCACUUUUUGCAUUAAGAUUCGUAAAACACUUCCUAAAAUUUAAAUCUGUUUAUAAAAAAUUAGAUGGCUAACUAAGCAUCGUUUGACAGAGUGUUCAUUAUCAUAAGUAAUGUCAUAAUGAGAAUAAUUUAUCCAUAACCGUUCAAAUGCACAGAAAUUCUAAAACUUUAAUUUUGUGCAUUAUUAUUAUAAAAGGUGCACAAUAAGGUUCUAUGUGUUAACAUUGUUUAAUUUAUGAGAUAUCAAGAACUGACAAUGAACAAUAUUUGAAAUAGCAUUCAUUAAUCUUCAUUAAUAUUAAUUUAUAAAUACACAAUUGUUCGUUGUUAUUUCAGUGCAUACAUAUACAAGUUUUAAAAAUGCAAUAAGGUUAUAUUUGUUAACAUUAUUUAAUGCAUUAGUUAUCAUGAACUAACAAUGAUCGAUAUUUUUACAGCAUUUAUUAAUCUUGGGUAAUGGAUAAAUAUACAAUUGUUAAUUGUUAGUUCAUAAUGCUUGAACUAUUGUAACAAUAACAUGUA